AUGAUGAUUGCAGAGUAUGAAUUGAUUGAGGAGUUCAGGGAUUUGCGAAUUUCUGUGACACCAUUUGAGACUUCAUAUUUCAUGACUAUGGUCGAAGUCCGAAAUUCGUUAAUGGAAAAAGAUAAAGCGGCCCAAGUGUUUGAUGAAGGGAUCCAAAUGAUGAAAGAGCAAGUUUUUGUGUUCACCGAUGCUUCUCAUGUGAAAUACUAUAAGAUCGGUGUUGGACGUGCCUUGGGAGUGAGGAAGUUGAGUCCACGGUUCAUUGGGCCCUACUAUAUAAUAAAGAGGGUCAGACCGGUGGCGUAUCAACUUGCUCUACCUCCCAACUUGGCGAAUGUACAUGACGUCUUCCAUGUGAGUCAACUCCGCAGAUAUAUAUAUGAUGACUCACACAUUGUACAGCAUGAUGACAUAGAGGUUAAGAAGGACCUGAAGUUCGUUGUUGGACCUUCUAAGGUUCUUGCUCGAGAUGAGAAACAGCUUCGAAAUAGAGUUAUUCCCAUGAUCAAGAUUCAAUGGGAGGGAUUGACACCUGAGGACGCCACAUGGGAGAGGAAGGAUGAUAUUCUCCGGCGAUAUCCCGAGUUUGAUAUCAGGUAUCAUCCGAUUUUGAGGACAAAAUCUUUUUAA